UCAUACACCAAAGAAAAGGAAAAGGUUGGGGAAGAAGAAAAAACUCCUCCUCGUUGUUCAUUCAAUCGCGUCGGAUGUUGUCGAUACGCUUCGCGUCGCUUCGAGUCUCGGCGCUUCCGUCGGGGAGAUGGAAGAAGAAGAGGAGCGGGGGGAUCGUCCCGGCCAUUCUCGAGGCCAAUCGAAUGGUUCGCCUGGUCGCCCCUUGGCCAAUCCCCUUUUCCGCCAGCCAAGACUCUGCUCCGCUGGAUUACGAUCCGUCAAGGGAGCUGCUAGGGAUCGAUGUCGACCCGCAGCCAAGAAGUUUCUUCAGGAGCGUCCAUUCUGGUGCACAAAAGCUAAGAUCCUGGUUUGGUCCAAAUGGCCAAUACAUCCGAGAGUUACCUUGUCCUAGUUGCAGGGGACGGGGUUAUACGCCAUGCACGGAAUGUGAUAUAGAGAGAUCAAGUUCAGGUUGCUCCCAGUGCAAUGGAAAGGGUAUUAGAAUCUGCCGACAGUGCUUUGGAGAUUGUGUAAUAUGGGAAGAGUCGAUUGAUGAGCGACCAUGGGAAAGAGCUCGAUCUAGCUCUCCUCUGAAAGUGAAGGAAGACGAUGAAGUUGACAAACUGGAUAUAAAGGUUGAUGUGUCCAGAAAAUCAAAGCGUACAUACCAAUCGCCAUCACCUGAAGUCAGCUUAAAGAUUAGCAGAUCAUUACGAAGCCUUAAUGCUAAAACAGGACUAUUUAGUAAUCGCAUGAAGAUUAUACAUCAAGAUCCUAUACUACGAGCUCAAAGGAUUGCUGCAAUUAAGAAAACAAAAGGAACUCCUGAAGCACGGGAGCGGGCUUCUGAAGCAUCGAAAGCCUUCUUCCGUGAUCCGGAGAAUCGCCUCAAGAGAAGCAUAGCUAUGAAAGGAGUAAAAUUUUACUGCAGCAUCUGUGGGGAGGAAGGGCAUCGGAGACACUACUGCUCAACUCUAAGGAAGAAUUCUACUCCGAUACGUUUCAGAUGUCGCAAAUGUGGGAAAUCGGGGCACAAUCGACGGACUUGUGGCAAAUCGAAAUCAGACAGAAAACCACAAAAAGGGAGCCAGAGUGCCUCGCGCCAUUGCAGUUUGUGUGGCCAAAACGGGCAUAAUCGUAGAACAUGCACCGAAUUGAAUCAGCCAGGAUUAGGCAACUCAUCAUGCACUGAAACCCCACUGAUUUCUGUCACCAAAAGAACUUACUCAUGCAGGUUGUGUUUGGAAAAAGGGCACAAUAGCAGGUCAUGCCCGAAAAGAGAGGCCAUUUAGGAGACGCAUUGCUUGCAGUCUGUGCCAUUCAAGUUUCUUGCUACCUUCCAAAUGAGAAACCGCACAAUGCUUGAUGGAGUUGGUGCUACAUGCUUUAAGCUAGCUAACAUGGGAUUAGUUGAUCACCACCUACUAAAUGCUGGCGUUGGAGAGUCUUCGUCCAAAUUUUACACAGUGUUCAUCUUUUAUUACCAUGAAGUCGAGGCGAAUGUGUUGGGGAGAAGAACGAAGGUGAAAUGGAUUGAUUGCGGCGUUACGGAGGCGCCGGAGAAGGUGAAGAAUGAGUGCGCGUCGGAGCUUCAUUGGGACGCCUUUCUGGCUAUCUUCAAUUCAGCUUCGUGUUGGUUUCGUCGCCUCCGCCGCUCCUUCUCACGUAUGGAGUUCUGCUUCUCGAGCUUCCAAUUUGCAUGGAGCCGAGCGAUGAAGAGGUCCGCCUUGUUGUUCACGUCGGGGCUCGGGCAGAACACCGACACCCUGUCCCUUGAUUCUCGUUGCCGAAACCUCACCGUCUCUCCCCUGAGGGGAGAGGAAGGCGGGGAAGGGUAUUUUGAAAGGCUGGACUUUUCUGGUCGUCUCGAAGAUGAAGGCAGGGGAGGCGGUGGCGGUGGCGGUGGGGGAGGGUGUAAAACUUGCUUCCUAUGGUGUUGUGUUAGCGCGGGUGGUAGUGGAGGCGGUGGCGGUGGUGGAGAAGUUGCUGGGACUGAGUGGAUCCUCCCGUUCUUGCCUCUCAGUUUCUUGCGGGAGAAAAGCUGGUUGAAGAACGCAGAAGGCAGCGGAGGGGGUGGAGGUGGCGGCGGAGGAGCGGAAGAAGCCACGACUUCGUAUUGCAGGGUUGUAUCAUCGGGAGACCUCUUCGUCUUGCUCCCUCUCUUCUUCUUCUGAGAGGACAAAGCGACAGUUGUCUCGAUGUCCUUCGCCCCAGCAGUGCUCCACUUAUUAUGACUAAUUAUCUCCUCCGGCGGCGGCGACCGUACAGGCUGAGGUGGUGGAGGUGGCGCUGGCGGUGGUGUCUGAGGCUUCUCGAGUGGGAAAUCAGGAUCUUGGUCCACCUCCCAUUUUGGAAUAUUCCCGACGCUCCCUCUCCGACGCUGCGAGGUUUCCGACGCUGGUGACGACAGGCUGGCGCUGCGACGGAGGCGGUGACUGUGGAUGGGGCUUUUCUGAUCGAAAGAUCUCAGCCUUGUCCGGCUCCCUCGCUGGAAGCCCAUCUACCGCUCUCUUCCCCGGAUGCCGCCGCGGUGGUGGCGACGGCGGACUCGGCGGAGAUCUAGAUCUUGUAGAGGAGCUCUGUCGAAGAACGAACGUGACCACCGGAAUCGUCUUCGGGUCCAGAUACCCAAACCUCUGCCUCUCGCACCCCUCCGACUCUGACCUCCGGCGACAAAGAUGGGCAUCAUCGUAGCAACGCCACCCAUCAUUGGAGGCGGCGCCAAAUGUCGCUACUUGCGCCCUCAAAUCGCCGUAGGAGCUGCUGCUCCGCAUCACACGAAUACCCACCGUGGGGGCGGCCUCCUGAAGAGACUUCUCAGCGUCGUCGUCGCCGCCAGAGCGGCGGCCGAGGAGGCCGCAGAGAAUGGCGAAGAGGACGAGAAGUAGGUUGAGGGUAUCCCAUCCGUUCCUUACCACAAUGAUCCGGGAGCCACGGAACGAGGAAGAGAGGGAGCGAGGAGGGAGGAAUAGGAGCACCAACACGGAGAAGAGCAAAACAAGAACAACCCAUAGCCGAAUUCCAGCAACAGCAGCAGAAGCUUCUCUUUGUGUUGCCAUUUGGGAGCGAGGAAGGACAAAAGAUAAGCCUUUUGCUUUCUUCUCUUUCUCUUACCUCCGCUGCUGCUUUUAUACACGUGAGAGGUUGGGAUGAUGUGGUUCUUUAACUUGAAAGCAAAUUACCCGACGAUUCUGGGAAAUAUAAUAUACCAAUGAUCGAGGGUGAAUAAGAAAGGAGGUCAAUUAUCUUUUUCAUCCUGCAAGCAGAUUCUUUUUGGAUCCAUCCAUCAGCUUAAAGCUUGUAAGCUUUGACUUGACGUGUGCUUUGGAGUUGCAGGAAAUGAGAGAGAGAGGUGAUGACGCUACCGUGGUCGUUCUCAAGCUUGCUUCUGCUGGAUUCCAGAGGGAAGGCGACAUGCUUUGUUCUCGUACUUUUGCUUUGUCGUCCACGGGAAAGCAGGCAACGCCUUCGACCACCCUGGUGAUCGUAGUCAUGGCGUGACUUAGCUCAAAAGAAACAGCUCUUAGGGGAGAUGCGAUUUAGCUCAAGUUUAUUGUUGUGCGCAUGCAGAGAGAGGAGACCGGUCACCGACUCUGAUGAAUGCUUGGGGGAUAACUGUUUUAGGCUGUGCGAGAAAGCUUGCACGAGAGGAAAAGUAAAAGAUCGCAGUCGAAGGGAACAGAGAGAGAGAGAGAGAGAGAGAGAGAGAAAUGGGGCCGGAGUUGGAGGUGUGCUUGACCUGCUCAGCACUGUGAAGCUGUGGUCAUAACUUCUGCUGGUCAUUGACGAAAGAAUUCAUUUUAUUGGAUUCAAGAUAAAAUGUGCUUCAGGUUUUUCGAUUUA